AAUAAAAUAUGGCGGAAAGUGGAGGAGGAAAAGAAUCUCCACUGAUGUCAGUUAAUUCAUCAACAGAGAUUGAUAUUGAGGGUGAUAUAACCGUUCCUGGAGCUCCGGAUAGUGAUGAUGAACCAAGUACUUUAGAUGAACCAAUUUCAGAGACUCUAAAAAGGGAUGCAAAGGCUGUUGGGAGGAAAUUUUUCCAUGUUCUGUGGCCAAGAGAAACAAAGACAUUGUUAAGAGAAUGGGAUCUAUGGGGACCUCUUGUGCUGUGUAUCUUUUUAGCUGUGAUGCUGCAAGGUUCUCACAGUUUGAUAGUUGGUGAAGCAGCAGGUGGGCCAGAGUUUGCUGAAGUUUUUGUAAUUGUUUGGAUUGGAGCCUCUUUAGUCACACUUAAUUCGAAACUCCUGGGAGGAACAUUAUCAUUUUUCCAAAGUGUAUGUGUACUUGGUUACUGCGUUUUACCUCUUGAUGUGGCACUGUUGAUAUGUCGACUAAUACUGCUUGCAGAAAAAACGACAAUACUAUUUGUUGUUCGAUUUGCGAUCGUUAUCUUGGCAUUUGCAUGGUCAACUUUUGCAUCUGUGAAGUUCCUGGGUGAUAGUCAACCAUCACAUCGGAAGUUGUUAGCUGUUUAUCCAAUAUUUUUGUUUUAUUUUGUGAUUAGUUGGUUAGUCAUUUCACAUUCAAGUUAAACAGUCCAUGCAUAUAUAUAAGUCAACAUCAUUAGAUUACCACGACUUAUAAUUACCAUGUAGUUAAGUGGUCUAUACAAUCACGAAGAGAGUCUUGGAAGAUAUGUCUAGUUAGCCGUAGUAGAAAGACGUCCUUUCAGAGGAGGGAUCUAAUCAAUAUCUUCCCAAUAUCAUAAUCAAAUAGUUAAAUAGUGUAAAUUUGCUUUAGUAAUAAUCAAUAAACCCUGAACACAAA